UGAUUCCUUAACCACCAAAAUCUGCAAUGUUUUGGUAUUUUGCUAUUCUGCUAUUUUCUAAUUUACAUUUUUUUAGUUGUGUUCACGGAGAAAAGAAACCUUUAUAUAUAGGUGUUUUGUUAGAGCUGUCUGAAAGUUGGUAUCAGAAGUAUACACAUUUUUUCCCAACAAUGUUUGAAUACGCAUUUGAGAGAAUAUACGACAGGUCGGAUAUCCUGGCGGACUAUGAAUUUAAAUUAGUCAUCAGAGAUACAAAGGGGGAGGCCGGUUUAGCUGCCAAACGACUGACUGAAAUGUUGGAAGAAGAUCCGCCAAAAGUCGCAGUCAUCGGACCGACGCUUUCCGAUUCCCUUACAGUCACAGGGCAAAUAGUGCCAUUCUAUAAUGUAAUCGAGCUUUCAUAUAUUGCAAUAACGGCAACAACAGUAGACCGAGAUCUUUUCUCAACAUUGUUCAAAGUGAACCAAGUAACAGACGCUUUCAAUCCACAAAGAAUCAAAAUGAUGAAAUACUUUGGAUGGACAAGGGUAGGAACAAUCACAUACCAAGAAGAGAUUUCAUUUUCGCAAAUUGAAAAUUUUCACGGACUUCUUAGAGAGAACAACAUGACACUAGUGACGUCUGCAGUUAUAUCUGAUACCAGCAACGUCAAAGAUAUUUUAAAAAGAUUCAAGGAGCAAUUUGGUGUUAGAAUAAUUGUGGCCGCGUUCAGAACAGAUAUUGCACCCCGGUUAUUCUGUGAGGCGUACCAUCAAGGAAUGUACGGGAACAGUCAUGUGUGGAUAUUAAGCGGACCUACAGUGUACAGAGGAUGGAUAGACAAAGCAAAUAUUGAAGGGACGGGAUGCAGCAAGGAAGAGAUAAUUAAAGCAACUCAAGGUUACUUUACAAAUGAAUACCUACGAUUAAGAACAUCAGCCGAAUCAACCGUAUCCGGACAGUCACCUGAAGAAGUAAUGAAUGCUAUGGGCAGGCUUGUCAGUAACACUAAAUAUGCCAUGUCAUCGUCGGCCGCUUGGGUUUAUGACACACCUUGGGCGCUUGCAAUAGGGCUCAACAAUAGCAUAAAAUAUUUAGAGAGAUCUGGACUGCAGCUACACAAUUAUAACUACAGUUCUCAAUACCUGGAGGCUGUUGUUAAAGGGAUGAGAGAAGUUAACUUUCAGGGUGUUUCGGGACCUGUUGCAUUCGAUGAGACAGGAAGCCGUGUUGGUAUAACAUUCAUACAACAAAACUUUUAUGAAGUGGGAAUUAAAGUAGCCAGCUACGACGAAAUCUCCGACAAUUUGACCUGGCUGGUUGACAGCUCGUCCCUCUGGGCAGGAAACGAAGUCCCACAAGACAGAUUUACAUAUAAAGAGGUCAUUGUGUCGCCAAGCAGAAUAGCGUUUGGUCUUAUAAUAUCUCUGGAUUGUGGUGGCUGUAUCUUGUCUUUCACAUUUUUGUUCUUCAAUAUCUACUACAGAAAUAACAGGAUAAUUAAAAUGUCUAGCCCUAUGGUAAAUAACGUAAUUAUCGCUGGCUGUCUGUUGAUGUAUCUUGAAACCUUUGUAAUUGCGAUUGACUACAACAGAAACCUGGAUGACUUCACUGGAAACAGCCUCUGCAUGGUUCGGAUAUGGCUCCUUUCGUUGGCCUUUACAACAUUAUUUGGUUCGUUGUUUUCGAAGACCUAUCGUGUUUACGUGGUUUUCCGUGACUAUAAAUUUAAGAAGAAGGCGAUAAAGGACUAUCAUCUGUUUGGUAUGGUUGGAAUCAUGUUGGUGAUAGACGUGUCUAUACUAAUACCUUGGACCGUAUUUUACCCGCUAGAGAAAGCAAAAGUGUCAAGGAGACUUAUGGAUGAAUCUAACAGCAACAUGAUCUAUUACGAGUCAUACCUUCAUUGUUACAAUGAACAAAGUGCUUACUGGAUAUCCGCCAUAUAUGUGUACAAAGGUCUUUUGCUGGCCUUUGGAACAUUUCUUGCCUGGGAAACUCGCCAUAUUACUGUCCCGAUGCUCAACGACUCUAAGUUCAUAGGCGCCUGUAUCUACAACGUUGUCAUUGCGUGUAUAUUUGGAGUUCCUCUGGCACAUGUUUUACCAAAAGAGCAGAUGACUUUGACCUUUGUGUUGGAAUCAAGUCUACUUUUGUUCUGCACAACUAUCACCCAGUGUAUCAUAUUCAUUCCCAAGGUAUCGGAUGCGAUACGUAAAGGCUCAACAGCGUAUAUAUUACGUCAUGAUAAGAGUAUGCCAGUUUUAGUCCUGGGGAUAAACCCCGAGUUACCUGAAAGUAAUCCUGGAGAAGCUUCACAAUUAGAGGAACUGAAAGAGGAAAAUAAUAAAUUAAGGAUGGAAGCGGCUAAUGAAGCUAUUGCCAUUGCAAGGUUACGAAAAUCACUGUUACACGUGACAGGAAACGUUCAUUUCUACAAAAGUGGAAGAGAAUACGUUGUAUGUAAGAGUGCAGGUCUUAUGUCUACCAAGAAAAUUAGUCUGACUAGAAAGAACAAUGAAAAUAGCUCAGUCUAA